CGUAGUGUCACUGUUUUCUGGCUGUCAGGAUAGGAAAGAGCAAGCGCGACCCUGUGUGCAUUGACAUGGGUAUAGAGCUGUUCUCUGGGUUGAACACGGCAAGCAUAUAUGUCUUAGCACGUAUUCUGGCUUAAACGAGAGAGCAUGACAGAGCUAAGGAAUGCAUUGCUACGCGUGGUGGCGCGAGCGGCUGCACUGGCGACCCAUGAGCGGCGGAUGAUGGGCCACUGCGCAGCAACAUUUUGCAGCGAGCGCUUCUACAGGAACAGCACCGCAAAUUCGACAAGAUGCCAUCAUGUACCAUUUAGUCGUAUUACAAUUAGAAGGUUCAGCUCGGAAGGGCUCGGAGCUGUCGCUGAUGGUCGCGAGCUCCUAAGAGCAAGUUGGGCCGGCUGCCCGCAACCCAAACGAAUUCCAUACUCAAAAGAGUACAACGGCAGGACCUGGGAAGAUGAGUACAGCUGGAUGGACCCGUUCCCUCCCGACCCACAACCCAGCGGCAACAGCACCACCAGUAGCACCCCCACCCCCGCCUCCUCCUCCUCCCUUAGCCGCUCCCAGCAGCAGCAGCGCCAGCAGCAGCUGCGGCGACACCUGCAGCGCGAGGACGC